CCACGGCCGUGGGCGGGCCCCGCGGCCCAGUUCCUGGUGUCGGGGAUGGCGCGGGGUUGCGGUGCCCAGCCGCGCUGCCUGCCGUGCUGCCUGCUCCUCUGCCUGCUGCAGCUGGCGGCGGCGCGGGCGCCACCCCCGCACUUGGUGCUGGUGCUGGCCGAUGACCUGGGCUGGGGCGAUGUGGGCUGGCACGGCUCGGCCAUCCGCACACCGCGGCUGGACGCGCUGGGAGCGGGCGGCGUGCGGCUGGAGCGGUACUACACCCAGCCGCUCUGCACGCCCUCCCGCAGCCAGCUCCUCAGCGGCCGCUACCAGAUCCAUACAGGUUUACAGCACCAGAUAAUCUGGCCGUGCCAGCCCAGCUGUUUGCCACUGGAUGAGAAACUCCUCCCAGAGCUACUUCAAGAGGCGGGAUACGUUACUCACAUGGUGGGGAAGUGGCAUUUAGGGAUGUACAGAAAAGAAUGCCUUCCAACCCGCAGAGGAUUCGAUACUUAUUUUGGCUACCUUCUGGGGAGUGAGGAUUACUAUUCUCAUGACCGUUGUGUCCUCAUCAAAGCAAAGAACAUAACGCGCUGCGCUCUGGACUUCCGAGAUGGAGAAGAAGUUGCUACUGGGUUUAAAAGCAUGUACUCCACUAAUAUAUUCACAGAAAGAGCUAUAGAUCUUAUAGCAAGUCACAAAACUGAGAAGCCCCUUUUUCUCUACCUCGCUUUUCAGUCUGUCCAUGAACCUCUUGAGGUCCCUGAAGAAUACAUGAAACCAUAUUCUUCCAUUAAAGAUGUAAAAAGGCGCCAUUAUGCAGGGAUGGUGACCCUUAUGGAUGAAGCUGUAGGAAAUCUUACUGAUGCUCUGAAAAGAUACGGUCUUUGGGACAACACAGUUCUCGUUUUCUCUACUGAUAAUGGAGGACAGACUUUGGCAGGUGGAAAUAACUGGCCGCUGAGAGGAAGAAAAUGGACCCUCUGGGAAGGAGGAGUCAGAGGAGUAGGCUUUGUUGCAAGUCCGUUGCUGAAAAGAAAAGGUGUAGAAAGUCAUGAACUUAUCCAUAUCUCUGACUGGCUUCCAACACUGGUGCACCUUGCUGGAGGACAUACCAAUGGCACUAAGCCUUUGGAUGGCUUUGAUGUUUGGAAAACUAUCAGUGAAGGAAGACCUUCCCCCAGAGUGGAACUGCUACAUAACAUAGACCCUAUGUUUGUGGAUAACUUCCCAUGUCUUAGCAUUGACAACAGGACAUCUUUACCACAGAGUAAUUCUUCUCCAUGGAAUGACUCAUAUUUCAAUAUAUCCAUGCAUGCAGCAAUCCGACAUGGAAAAUGGAAGUUACUAACUGGAUAUCCAGGCUGCAGUCAUUGGUUCCCUCCACCAUCUUUGUUCAAUGAGUCAAGGAUUCAAUCAUCUGAUCCACCAACAAAGAGACUUUGGUUAUUUGAUAUUGUUCAUGAUCCUGAAGAGAAAAAUGAUUUGUCUGAAAAACAUCCUCAUGUAGUAGAAAAAUUGCUCUCACGGCUUCAGUAUUAUCAUAAACGUUCAGUGCCCGUGUUCUACCCUGAUGAGGAUCCCCAUUGUGAUCCAGCAGCAACUGGGGCCUGGGGUCCUUGGGCAUAGUGCACAGCACUUCAUCAUGCAGAACAAGCCUGUAGCAAAGCCUGGUUUAUGGGCUCAGUGUCCUUGUCACAUAUUUCUUACCUUGUUAAAACUAUUGCUUACUGUGAGCUCAUGCCUUGAGUAAUCUAGUAAUUUUUACUCUUAAGAUGUGUUGGGAAUCUCAUUGCAGUCUUUGCCCACUCUCUCCUCCCAACUGUGUGUGAAAUGUUGUUUAAAUUAUAAAUCUGUUGUUCAAAUAUGCGUUGUCCAGAAUAUGCUUUUAAUGAAGAAGGAAAAAUGUUGCCUCCUUCCCUGGAAGAGAUUGUUUCUCUUAAAAAGCUGCAACAAUCAUGGCAUCAGGGACAUCCAGAAUGCAUUCAUGUUGGGGAAUAAACUGAUUUUCAUUUUCA